AUGGAAGCACAGGCACAGCAACAAUUGCAGCAACAGCAACAGCAACAGGUACUUGCCAAACAAGCACAACAACAGGUGCAACAGCAGCAACAUUUAUUAACCAACAUCAAAACGGAAGUGAAUAGUGGUGAUACUCAAUUGCCAACUGUCACAACAACAACAACAUUGCAAACACAAAAAACCGCUACAGCAUGUGCUGAGGAACAGCAGCAAGUUGCGCAGGACUUGAAUCAAACACAAACUGUGCAGCAACAAGUCGCACAGCAAUCAGCUGCACAACAACAACAGAUUUCUAGUCAAUCAAAGCCACUGACGCCUAAUCAAUCUCAAGAACAAAAACAACAGUUACAGCAGCCAACUGCAAACGUGGCCACAUCGGUGGCUUCGAUUACCGGCACUCAACCAACAUCCAGUGAGGAUACAUACACCAUACCGCUGCCGCGCAACUCGCAACAGCGACGAAUACUGACAACAGCGGGCACAUUUGAGGAAAACGAUAAUCGUGAAGCAGAGGGGCCCGACUUACAGUCUGAAUACCAUCAUCAUCAAUCGCCCGCCAAUUAUGUGGUAAUGGCACCACGCAAUGAAGAGCAUCCACCGCCUGGCACCGCCGUCUAUACGUACACCACCACAGAGAAUGGUCAACAGAUUAUAUGCACCGAAACUGGUGCAGCCAUUAAACUUGAAGAUAUCGAAAAGGAUCAACACUCUACUGCAGACGCACAACAACACCAUCAACAACAAAUGCAACAGCAGCAGCAGCAACAACAACAACAACAACUUUGUACGCCAGCAGGUAGUGGCUAUGGUGAAACAAUCGUUGUUUCAGCAGCCGCAUUACAUCAACAUCAAAAUCCACAUGGCGUCAUUAAUGCCUCGACACACGGCGGACAUCCGGGUGCGCAAUUACGUUUCGAUCCUGACGAACGCUACAGUAAUGUGCUACAGGAUAAUGGCAACGUACAAACUAUUUACUAUAAUCCUGCGGCGGUCGACUCGACCGCACAUCCCGUUGAGGCAAAGACGUUUACAGAUCUUGGUAAUACCGAGUACUAUUCGAGUCCUCCCACAUACGCACUGCCACCGCCUAAUAAUGGUCUAUAUAGUGUUUCGGGUUCAACACAGUUGAUUUGUAAAUCGGAUCCAAAUUUAGGUGCCAUGCGACAGUCGGGACAGUUUCAGUCUUUAAUGGAAUCGGGCGUACAAGAGCAAUCGAUGUGGGCGUCAUCAGCUGUAGAAUUCUCGGGAUAUAAUACAUAUCACCAUCAGGUAGUUGAUGACUACGGCUCCGGCAAUAUGACCACUACGCAUUGGCCAGGCGCGGGACCAAUCGCUGCUUACGAGGCAUCGCUCGUGCCGACUGUCUAUGAGUCUCCCAAGUGUGAGAACUGUGGCGCCCUCUACAUACGGAAAGGCAACGAUUUCUACUGUCCUACGGGUUGUAAUCAACUGCGGCCGACCCAUGUGCGCGUACCAGCACGUCAAACGAAACCGAAAAUACCAGCUAAUACCAACAAUCGUCGUACUGGCGUCACCUGCGCCAACUGCAACACCACGACGACAACGCUUUGGCGGCGUAACAACGAAGGCAAUCCUGUGUGCAACGCUUGCGGACUCUACUUCAAGCUGCACAAUACGAAUCGGCCGCAAUCAAUGAAGAAGGAUGGCAUACAGAAACGUAAGCGUAAACCAAAGAAUAACGGUGGCAUGACGUCCAUGAAACCGCUACCAUUAAAUGACUACUCACACACAGCGUUGCCAGGCAUGCCACAGAAUGUGACGCUGAUGACACCUAACGGUACGAUUUACCCUUCACAAGUAUCCGCUUUAAGUUUGCCGAUGAAUGGCGGUGUUGGCGCGGGUAUUCUUGGUGGUGGCCAACAAUCGUUGUCAGGUGAAAUACGCGAUAUGUCCGUAAAUGGUAAUGGCAGCAGUGCGGCUGCCGGCGCAGUAUCCACCGGAGGUGUUGGUGGAAACGUCGUUGUGGCGAGUAGCGCGGGGAGCUCAGUAACCGGCACCGGACCACGUAACGCCUCGAUUGUACAACACGUGACUGGCGACAGUCAUUCACCGUAUAGCAACCCACCGUCGCAAAGUCAAUCGCCGCACUUAUCGAAUGCAUCGCCGCUAAAUCGACAACCGAUCCCACAAAGUGUGCAGUCGAUCGAAGCUACACGUUCGUCAAAUGGUGAGAUACCGACAAGCGUCAUAACGCGCACUGGACUACCCGAACGUUCCUCGAAUAAUUGAGCGGCAUGUGGCCCUCACAUUCAAAAUUUUUGAAUUUGCCAAUAAUAAAUAGACCAAAGCGUACGUGUAAUUUGUUUUUGUAAAAUAUGCACACUUGCAAUAUUAUUUUUGUUUUUUGUUGAAAAAUUACUUUUACUUUCAUGGAAAUUGAUACUUUUAGCUUAAAAAUACUUCUAGCACAAACAUGUAAAUAUAUUUAAGUGCCAAAAUUACCAUACUGACUAAAAGUAGUAGAGGGGUUUACAUAAUCCCAGCAAUGCCUAAAAAUAUAAAUUAUAGAAUAAAAAAUUAUAUACUAAUUGUGUGUAAGCACUAAUACAUACAUAAUUCAUUAUUUAAUUUAAUAAGUUUUGUAAAUUAAUUCGUUUUAAACUUGCGUAUAAAUGA